AUGUCGAUCACGGCGGCCCUCCAAAUGGUGCGCGACCACCUCCAAAAAGCGCCGUCGAUCAAAUUCCACCGGGCCCAACCCCAUAUCCUCACCUCAGAGCUGCCCGAGCAUUGGCGGAGCAACAAAUCACUACAAAUCCCGUUCACCGUCCUUUCGUUAAUGCCCGUACCCGAUGGCACAAAGAUAACCGUCCAUGCCGGAAAUGAAGAAGCCCCGUGCGGCGAGAUCCGAAACGCUCAGUCCGAGUUUAAGCGUCAGUGCGCAAAAUUUAGCGAUCUUCGCUUCGUCGGGAAAAGUGGUAGAGGCCGCCAAUUCGACCUGACCCUCGUCAUCCACACCGACCCGCUGCAGAUCGCCAUGGUGGGCAGGGCGAUAAAGGUGACCGUCGACGGGCCGCGAGAUCCGAGGCCAAAACCCGGCGAACGAUCCCCACUUCUCAGAAGAUCCCCAUGGGACACCCCACCCGGAUAUUUGAGCCCCUACGCGACGAUCCCGUUUGCGUCCCCACAAACGGCAGGCCAUCCAAUGCCGCUACCGAUUCCUCAUAUUCUCCCUCAGCUUUACCAUCUACAACUUCAGUAUAACCAGCACGUCAUCGAGCAGUUCAUCCACGACCACGGCCUCGAGCUCGCCGAUAUAGGCACUAUUCUCGCCACGCUCGACGCCUUUCCUGUCGCCCUCUUCCCUCCCCCCAUCGCCAUUUAUUCACCGACAACCCCUUCCUCCAUCUAUACCCCAUCCGCCAUCGAGUCCUUUCCCAAAAGCUUCAGCGAUCCC